AUGAAGCCCCAUCGCGCUCACAGAUUCCUCCGGAAGGUGUUGGAAUUUUUCCAUUUAUCUGCUUCCUCAUCGAAACGAGCAACCAAGGCUCGCAGCAAUGCUAAGCUGUGGUGUGUUGCUACCACCGCAUCUCCUCUACACAGCAUUGUCGCUGCCCGAGGAUAUGACCAAUCUGAAGUGGAUGAUCAAAAUGAUGAUCCUCCCCAGUAUACCACCUUUGGUGGUGCAGCCCUUGAAAAGCCAGUUUCAACUCGCAGCCAGCUGGAGAGUUGCAUUGUGAAACUGUGGAAGAAAGUCUGGCUGGGUCUUUAUCAGAUCGACGACAACGAAGAUCGGUAUCAUGUCGAGCGUCUCGAAGCACUUUCUCUCGGGGCCGGCUUGACUCGCACAUAUGGAGUUGGCGAGCUUCAAGUUCUUCGGCGUCAUUUUCUUCGAACCGAGACCAACAAUGGAAUUGCCUCGCUAAAGCUUUUCCAGGGCUUGUCGCUUUCAACUCUCUUAUCUGUGAUUCAUAUAUUGGAGGCAUAUGAAAGUGAAAUUGACAACAUGAGGCUGCUCUAUUCUAUCUUGCGAAGCGGUCAGCUUGCACUACAUCAGACUCCAGACCUUGCUCAAACUGCUGUUGUCAGAACUGAGUAUAUGGCAAUUGCGGAGCCGAUGGAGAAGCGAAUCAAGCAGUAUGAUAUCCGAAUGAAUGUGGUGAAUAUGGAAGUCUGCGAUGAGGCAAUGGGUUUCUAUCAGCGACAAAAGGGGGAAUAUAUACACCACAAGGCAUUCCCAAAUGCGUGGUAG